AAUUAUACAUAUAUAACAGAAUAACAGAUAGUGAAUUGAAAGACAGUAAAUGCGUGGAAAGCGAAUCCCAACGAGAAAUAACCUGUUAAUCGAUGUCGAAACGACGUCGAUCGACCGAUCAUUCCUCACUGGGAUGUUGGGAGGGCGGUUUUACAGCAAAAACUCGUUGUCUUGCAAAAGACUCUUGACUACAUGAACGACAGACCGGAGCAGAUGAACGUGGACGCUAUUUACGGCGUUACCUUAGCCGAAGCUAAUUUGGUGGCGGCGCUUCUGCACGAAAACGUGCAAUAUUUGGAAAAUAAAUUUUUCAUCGCUCUCAAAGAAUUGGUCGCGCUGUCCGAUUUAACUCGACAAAACUUGAAGGCGACUGUUAAAUCGACUAACAAAACUAGAAUUUUAAUGUCUUUAAAUAACCCCCAUCUGUGGAUAAGGCCUCUUCCGUGGACGAGGAUCCUUCCGGGAUCCAAUUCCAGAUUGUAUCCCAAAAGAUCAUUAAGUCUUGACAAAGUCGUUUCUUCGAUAUGGCAUGGGGCGCCUAAUGAACCGGAAGGCGAUAAAUGUAUAACCGCAAUUUUGAGUAGCAGCUUAAAGGGGAAAUGCGAGAUUCCUGCCACUUGCAUCGCGAUACUGAAGAAGAAAGAUGAUAUUGUCGGAUAUCCUCUCACGCAUAGACUGCUCAUAGUUCAAAUCGCUAGAGCGAUGGAAUGCGAGCAGGUCAAAACGGCAUCUCUCCUCCCCUGGAUACCUGUGUAUUGUGCCAAAGUCUUGCAGGAUCUCGUCAAUCUUGAAGCGUGGGGCUUCCCCAUCACUGCUCAGGAUCUCAUGUUGGAACAAAUCGUUUUAUGCGGCAUGGAAGGUUAUUGCGAAUUCGUCGAUAAACAUUAUGAAGAUAUAAUUUUAACUUGGCCUCACCAGAGCGGUUGCUUCGGUAUACACAGUUUCAGAUUUGCCAACGGACACAAAGUCACUCGGCGAGAGUCAUCACGAACCGACUUUGGAUGCACGAAUCAUAUGACAGGCCUUGGCGCCGGAACUCUCGCCUUAUUUAUUCGGGAAAAUAUAGAAAAUGCUCUUGUCAGCGGUUGUGCGUGUGAUGUGGUGCACAAUGUGCAAACACUCAAGGACGAUUAAAACCAAAUAUACUUGCGAAUCUGUCAGUAUCGAUAUUUUUCCGAGCUUACACCGUUUUAUACUUGCAACAAGAUACGCGCCUCUCAAGUCUUUGUACGGAAACUAUAUCGUAUAUCCGUGUAUGUACACACAUGCAGCAGACUCGAAAUAUCGCAGCAUCAAGCUGGUAUUUUAUCUCUCGUCUGCGUGAAGCGUUUUUAUUCGACGUUUACUUCUUCCUAUUAUAUCGCAGGUCUGAUUUUUCUAGUUAAAAUACUUCUCACAAGUUACAAAGUUAUAAUCUUCUUAAUUUAGCUAAAUAAUCGACUUUAUAUUGUUGGUGCAAAGUACGCAGUAGAAAUUUGAAAAAUUAAAUAAAUGUACAUAAUAAAUACGUUUCGUAAAAUGUAUCGCUCGAAAGGAUUUUGGUGUUUUUUUGUGGGACUAAAAUAUAUUUACAUAUAACGUGCAGCAGAUAUAUAUUUUGUAAAGGGAUUUAUUUUAAAGAAAGAAACCUAACUUUCAGGAUUGCAACAGAUGGUAUUGAAAAGAAGAACUAAUUGAUGAUUUUCAAUAAUUAAAUAAUCGAAUUAUUUUAAUUAUAAUAAGAAAUGUAGUUAAUAUAUAAUUAAUUAAUUAAGGUCGAAACAGAUACAAUGGCACACGUUACAGAAGAGAAAAUUAAAAAUAAGUAAUUAAAACACAGAGAUUCACUUUUUAUAAUGGUAUUACGGACAAAACGUAUUUCACGCGUAAUAUAUUUCCACUUCUUCCUCUUGACAAAUUAAAAAAUUAAAUAAAUACCA